AUGAGUCAACCACAAGAGCCACACCGCCCUUUCUUUCCAUUUGGAAAUCCUUUCAGGAUGUUAUCUCCAAAGGGUUCUCAAUUGUCCCCAAGGCUUCAUUCUCUAUUAAAUGCUUUUGAGGAAGCAUUGGCAGCAAGGUUGCGGAAACUUAAUCCAAAAGACAAGGAUGAUGUUCUCAGCUUGACAUGGAUGAAAUUGGCAAUGGAGUCACUCUGUGAGACUCAUACUGACAUAAAAAUCCUCAUCACAGAACUUGAGCUCCCUGUGACUGACUGGGAUGAGAAAUGGAUAGAUGUGUACUUAGACAUCAGUGUGAAGUUGCUUGAUAUGUGCAUUGCUUUUAGCUCUGAGCUCUCACGGCUGAACCAAGGUCAUCUCUUUCUUCAAUGUGCCCUGCAUAAUUUGGAGUCCAACACUUCGGAGAAGUUAUUGCGGGCACGUUCUUCCCUUGAGAGCUGGAGACAGCACAUUGGGUCAAAGAAUCCAAGACUGGAAAACUGUAAAUCCAUCUUGGGGAGUCUUGUGGAUUCCUUGAGUCUGCCAAAGGUUAAGAACUCAGCGAAAGGAAAGGUGUUGAUGCGUGCCAUGUUUGGAGUUAAGGUACAGACAGUGUUUGUAUGCAGUGUCUUUGAUGCUGCAUUUUCAGGUAAAUCAAAGAAUCUGUUAGAUUUGGAUGUCUCCAACACAAUAUUGUGGGCUCGAGCUUAUUCUGAUAUGCAAAAUAUUGUAAAUGGAGAAAUUAGAGAUAUAUUUUCUCGUGGGAAAUUUACUGUCUUGAAACAAUUAGAUGAGGUUGAUACGGUUGUGAACAAUUUGUAUCCCCUGAUCCAAGAUGGCACGGGACCUAUUGAAGUGGAAGCAUUCAGGAGUUCUUUUUCAGAUUUGGGGAUGAGAGCAGAAAAACUUUAUCAAGGGCUAGAUUUUCUUGCUAAGGAAGUAGAUGGCUUUUUCAAAAUAAUUUUAAGUGGGCGUGAUGCUUUGCUUUGUAACCUGAGAGUGUGUGACACUGUUGCUGACCCAUUCCUAGAGAAUAACGGGGAACAGGUUGUAAGAUAG